AAGACUCGACUCUCGAGAAAAUGGCAAGAACCAAGCAGACGGCGCGUAAAUCCACCGGCGGCAAAGCCCCGAGGAAGCAGCUCGCUACUAAAGCCGCCCGUAAGAGCGCUCCGGCCACCGGCGGCGUCAAGAAGCCUCACCGCUACAGGCCCGGCACCGUGGCUCUGCGAGAGAUCCGUCGCUAUCAGAAGUCCACCGAGCUGCUGAUCCGCAAGCUGCCCUUCCAGCGUCUGGUGCGAGAAAUCGCUCAGGACUUCAAGACGGACCUGCGCUUCCAGAGCUCCGCUGUCAUGGCCCUGCAGGAGGCCAGCGAGGCUUAUUUGGUCGGUCUGUUUGAGGACACCAACCUGUGCGCCAUCCACGCCAAGAGAGUCACCAUCAUGCCCAAAGACAUCCAGCUGGCGCGCCGCAUCCGCGGAGAAGAACAAGACUCGACUCUCGAGAAAAUGGCAAGAACCAAGCAGACGGCGCGUAAAUCCACCGGCGGCAAAGCCCCGAGGAAGCAGCUCGCUACUAAAGCCGCCCGUAAGAGCGCUCCGGCCACCGGCGGCGUCAAGAAGCCUCACCGCUACAGGCCCGGCACCGUGGCUCUGCGAGAGAUCCGUCGCUAUCAGAAGUCCACCGAGCUGCUGAUCCGCAAGCUGCCCUUCCAGCGUCUGGUGCGAGAAAUCGCUCAGGACUUCAAGACGGACCUGCGCUUCCAGAGCUCCGCUGUCAUGGCCCUGCAGGAGGCCAGCGAGGCUUAUUUGGUCGGUCUGUUUGAGGACACCAACCUGUGCGCCAUCCACGCCAAGAGAGUCACCAUCAUGCCCAAAGACAUCCAGCUGGCGCGCCGCAUCCGCGGAGAGCGCGCUUAAAUGUCGCUGCUUCACCCGCAUUAAA